UUAUCAAGCAAACCUUUUGAAAAAAAUCUUAAGAGAGCUGAAACUUGCUUCUCUUGAUGAAAGUCCAAUAUGGCCAGUAGAAGUACCUAUGCUUAUUAAUGUUCCUUGGACUAAAUAUUUUACUAAAACUUAUGAACUAUAUACUAAAGCAAAGCAUGGUAAAAGAAAGAACAUGCUUGCUUAUAGCUAUCACCUUGGUGUAUUAAUGAUAGCUUGCCUAAAUAAUAAAGAGGAACAAAUCAAUCCUAAAAACAAAGCUAU